UGCGCGUACACGGUUGUCGCGACGACCGAAGUCGGUUACCACACGACUAUCCGCUGCCGCUGCCAGUCAGUGCUUUGCCCGUCCGUUGCAGUGCAGUUGUAAAAUGCUGUUGUGCUCGACCGGUCGGCGUCUAGCAGCACCAGUAAUAGCGACAGCGGUGGUAGUUGUUGAAGAAGGCAGCAGCCGUAGUGUAGCCGUUUGCCACGAUAGUCGUGCAGUGCACAGCGCGUGAGAAAAUGGCCGCACCGUCGUCCACCGCAGCCGUUGCCGCGUCUGAAAACUCCGUUGUCUCCGUCGCCGCAACCACAAACGCGCCUUUGACUUGCUCCGGUCCGAUAGCCACCACCGCAGCGUCCGCCACUGCAUCGGCCGCAGUUGCUUCUGCGACCUCCGCGGCUGCGUCCAACGUGUGGCCGAACACCAGAGACAGUUACGAACUCCUCGAAGUUAUCGGUGUUGGCGCUACAGCUACUGUCCACUGUGCGUAUUGUAAACCUCGACAAGAAAAAUGUGCCAUUAAAAAAAUUAAUUUAGAAAAAUGGAAUACCAGUAUGGACGAAUUAACAAAAGAAAUCCAAGCAAUGUCAUGGUGUCAGCAUGAAAAUGUUGUUACAUAUCAUACUAGUUUUGUAGUUGGUGAUGAAUUAUGGUUAGUAUUGCGUCUGCUAGAGGGAGGAUCUUUGCUUGAUAUACUUAAACAUAAGAUGCGCACAAGUGAUUGUCGUCAUGGUGUUCUUGAUGAAGCUACUAUUGCAACUGUUUUAAGAGAAGUGUUAAAGGGAUUAGAGUAUUUCCAUUCUAAUAGUCAAAUUCAUAGAGACAUUAAGGCUGGUAACAUUCUUUUGGGUGAAGAUGGAACAGUUCAAAUUGCUGAUUUUGGAGUGAGUGCUUGGUUGACAACUGGUUAUGAUACAAAUCGUCAGAAAGUUCGACAUACAUUUGUUGGUACACCUUGUUGGAUGGCACCGGAAGUCAUGGAACAGGUACACACGGAUCAUGGAUAUGACUUCAAAGCCGACAUAUGGUCACUGGGAAUCACUGCUAUUGAGCUAGCUACUGGAACAGCACCAUAUCACAAAUAUCCACCUAUGAAAGUUCUAAUGUUGACUCUUCAAAAUGAUCCACCAACAUUAGAUACUGGUGCCGAUCAAAAGGAUCAAUACAAAGCUUAUGGCAAAACUUUUCGAAAGCUUAUUACUGAUUGCUUACAGAAGGAUCCUACUAAGAGGCCUACGGCCACUGAACUUCUCAAACACCCGAUUUUUAAAAAAGCCAAAGAUAAAAAAUACCUCCAAUCAACUUUAAUUGCCAUUGGACCAAGUUUGGAAACUAGAGUUCAAAAGGCAUCAAAAAGACAACCUGGUACAUCUGGCAGAUUACACAGGACAAUAACUGGUGAGUGGACAUGGUCAUCUGAAGAAGAAUGUGCUGGACAAUCAUCUGAUGAUGAAUGUCAAGAAAAACCAUUAAACAAAUUAAUUGAAGUCCCACAAUCAUCUGAUAGUGAACAAGAAAGUGGUGAUGAACAUUUAAAUCUUGUCUUACGAAUGAGAAAUUCUAACCGUGAACUUAAUGACAUACGAUUUGAGUUUUUACUGGGAAAUGAUACACCUGAUGGUAUUGCUACUGAACUAGUGGGAGCAGGAUUAGUAGAUGGCAGAGACGCUGAUGUAAUAGCUAUGAAUUUACGGGUGCUGAUAGGCAAUCAAACUCGGGAUAGACCUGUUACUUUUGCUCUUGUUUCUGGCUGCAAUACUGAUGAAACACCUGAUGAAAAAAUGUUAGUUGGUUAUGCCCAGUUGUCUUAUGCAGAUUGAAAGCAUAGUUACCGAAACAACUUAAAUACGUCUUUUGUGCCACUAGAACAUUUAACUCUGUAUGUUUUAAAUAACAUUUUGUAUAUAUAUAUAUUU